AUGGCUUUUCGUGGAUAUAAUAAUGGCUAUCAUAAUUACCAUCGUGGCGGAGGUGGCGGAGGAUAUCGAUUCCAAAACCAGCAACGAAUAAACGAGAACGAGGUGCCGCAAUCGAAGCACACGAUUUUCAUUCGCGGACUGCCUGGAGACUAUACGACGGAAGAAAUCAAGUAUGAAAUAAGUUGAUCAACUGUAAAAGAACCGCAGCGUAGGAUUGUAAGCAAAGCAUUGUUCUCGAAAUUUCAGCAAAAAAUGUGAAAACUUCAGGAGUUUAAUUCUUAAAUGUUACCUUGUUACGUUGAAUUCUCUGAUACCCGCAGUUGUUGUUACAUUCUUUUCUCUACCAAGAAAAGGCGACCAAAAUGGAAUGUUUACCGCGAUGCCAGUUCAAUUUUACAAAUAUUGAUUGAAUGCUAAUACUCUAAUCAUCAUUCGCUAAUUAUGCAGAUAAUAAUAAGAAUUAUGAUGAUUAUGUUGGUGGCAGUUUUGUGUUGUGAGCCGUCAAAAUUCAUCUUAGGAUCUGUAUCUCAUAUUCUAAUUCUGUUCAGGGAAUAUAUUGGCGAAAGAGUCGGCCAAAUUUCGUUCGACUUCGUGAAAGUGGCUCAGGACAGAAGCAAGAUUUUUGUGGCUGUCCGAUUUGAGAAACGAGACGAAGCCAAAAAGUUCAUGGAGGAGUCAGUUUCAAAACACUUCCCUUCCUAUCUCUAUAUCGAAUUUUCAGAUAUAAAGAUCGCGAGUUCAUGGGAUUCCGGUGCGAUCUAUCGUGGUUCCGUGACAUUCGACGUUAUUGUGCCUACAAAAGAUCGAAAGAAGUCCGUAGCAACAGCCAACGGCGUCGCCGUCGCUCAGAUUCUAACGAAUCUAGACCAUCGUCGAGAAGAUCGGCGGUUUCGUCUGGGAGAAGAUCGACGUCGAGAGGGAGAUCUCGCGAGAGGAGUGGGACGCGUUCUGCCGACCGUUCCCGUUCGUCUGUUCGCUCUCGUUCUUCUAAUCGCUCCCGCUCUCCUGUUCGCUCUCGUUCACCGGUCCGAUCCCGGUCUCCAAUCCGUUCUCGCUCCCGUUCUCGUGGUUCUGAUCGUUCCAGAAGCCGAAGCGCAGACAGAAAGAGCAGAAGUGUCUCCCGAAGCUCGAGAAGAAGCCGUAGGAAUGAGUCGAGAAGCGGAUACAAUGAUUCUGCCGAUAAAAGUGAUAAUGACGAAUCAAGAGGAGAUCGUCGUCGUGAAAGAAUCGAACGCAGUCAGAAACGACGCCGCGAUCGUUCUGAAUCGGAAAGCAGCUGUGUCAGCGAAAAAGAUAAAUACUUGAAGAGAAAGACCAAGCAAGAACUGCCUCAGAUACCACUGCCUCCGAAAACUCAGAAAGCAGAUGCUGCAUCAACGCCAAAACCAAAGCCGCAAGUGUUCAUCCCGCCGCCAUCUGUCGACAUGGAGCUGGACAGUCCGCGUGAAAAGUUUGAGCCAACUCCGCCACGUCCGAUGAAUCCAUACGCUAUGAGCUACCAGAAAGAGCCGAGUCCGACCAAUGUGCACAACACUUUGUAUGCUAUGCCAAUGGAGGAAGAAGCCGCUCCGAAAGUCAUCAUCAGGGAAUCUCAAGCACCACCUCCGGUGCCGACUUAUGCACCACCACCUGCCCCAGUCGCCCAGCAGGUGCCAGUUCAAGUGCAUCAGAAUUCGUAAGCUUCAAAUCAUUAAAACAUUGAAAUUUAUUUUCAUUUUUUUAAAGUUAUCAACCUGCUCAGCACGUUGUGCUUCCGGCUCCGGCUGCAGCCGCUUCUGCACAGACUUCAUUUGUGCCUCGUCAAAUCGGAAAGAUCGAGAUAUUGAUGCCAGCCAGUCUGCCCGCUCCAAUCGCACCAGUUCCAGCUCCCCCUUCUACCGAGAAGUCUCUCAAUGGAUCAUACACUCUGGAUAUCGACUCAGAAGCGCUCCCAAACACGAGACAGUUAGUUUGAAAAAAAAAACUGAAACGAAUCUAUAAUUGCAGAAUGUUCGGCCAUCUGAAAGCCUGGCAAUCUGUUCUCGCCGGCACAAUCAAUUACGCAGACGUCGCUAGAAAGGUGGAAGAAGAAGGUUAACUAAACAGAGAAACUUAGAAGCUCAGUUGCUUGUUCAUUUCAGAAGACCUCUCGACUGUGCGACUCUCCUCACUAGCAAACGACGAAAACAGCCACGAACUGAAGCUUCUAGAACGAGAGGAGAGGAUUGCGAAGCUCAACGGCGAGCAGUUGAUGCGUUUCCACAUCAAGAGGAAGCAGUUCGAGGCGGUUUGUUGAAAAGCCGUCUUUCGAUUCUUUUCAAAUAUUUCUUCAGGCUUUCCGCAAUGACUGUGAGACGUAUGCAGUUGUGACGCGUGCUCUUCUCUCCAAGGACGAAACUCUGCAGUUCGGCAUCAAAAUUGCGUUCAUGGAGAACAUCGAAGGCCUUUUUAAGACGAUGUUGAAGCGUGUCGACGAUCUUCUCGACACUCUCGUCGUUCUCAACUGA